CUCCAGAUCGCCAUAUUGAGUGUACAAGGGCAGCUGCUGGGUCUCUGCUGUGUGUGACAGGAAGGUGACUUCCAGGGUGUGUUAUCUGCUGUGCACAAGAAUUGCUGUCACUGCUGCAUGUACUGACUCACUGUCCCCCUCAGACUAACUGAGACUGUCUGAUGGCUUUAGCUGCGCUCCGGGUCCCCUUGAGAGGAGCGACACCCCAAUGGAAGUUUUGUUUUUCUGCACUAACAGCACCAACCCUCAGGCAGCCAUCUCGCAGUCAUCGGCUCAACCCAGCGGAUGAUGAGCUCUAUCAGAGAACCACAGUGACGCGUCUGGAGAGAGACUCCCCCGAUAUUAUGUUUGUGGACACUUACAGCAGCCAAGGGUUCAUUAUCAAUGGGGACAGGGUUAUUGGGCCCUGCGCUAUUAUCCCAAAGGCGAUUUUACAGUGGAAAGUUGGCUCAUAUAGAGACAUCACCUUGGAGAGCCUGGCUUUGUUUCACUUACUGGUUCCCAGAAUAGAAAUCCUGGUGCUAGGUACAGGAGACCGGGUGGAGAGGUUGGAUCCCAACAUCCUGAAGUUCAUGAGGCAGAAAGGUCUGGCAGUGGAAGUACAAGACACGGCAAAUGCUUGUGCUACAUUUAACUUCUUAACCAGUGAACGACGGCUCACAGCAGCAGGACUCAUUCCUCCCACACACGCAGAGAAGGACCAUGGGUAACUCACACAGUGACAACCUGAGUUCCUCCUAUUGACGGCAGAAGACUAUUUCACAGACCCUACAGGAUUGACGUGUGCUUAUGAUGGACGAUAAACACCUUUAAACACAGGCUUGCAUUGUGCGAAUGUACUGAAAGCUUCAUCUUCGUGUAAAUAAAAGACACUGGUUAUUUAA